GCGUCCCAGAGAGCCGGCCCUGGCUGUCGUCGCGGGGAAGUGCCGCCUGGCGGGGUCACGGCGCCUGAAGCCCACGUGCGCCGCCGAGCCCGAGGUGGCCUCGAGCGCGGCGGCUGACAGCAGAAGCCGCCUGAGCUGCCUCCCGCGCUCCUCCCCGAGAAAAGGAUUUUGAUUUCAAAGAAAGGAAGGAAGGACAACUCCCAGCUUCCCCGUCCCGCCCUCCGCGCUCCGAGGGCCGGGCCAGGCCAUGCCCAGGAAGGCAGCGGCGGCAGCGAACCAGCAGAAGGGACUUUCCUGGCAGCCCGGCGACGAGGAGCGCGGACAGUGAGUUUGCUCUGCCCCGGUUCAUGGUUCCUGCAAGCCCUCUAGGAGGCCGAAAGCUGCAGCCCCUCCCCUUGCCCCGAAGAGCCUCCCGCGUUCGCUGGCCCUCAGGCCCACCCCGCGCCGCCCCAGAUCCCGCCGCUGCAGCCCAGUGCCCUCUGCCCGCGGCGGUGGAUGGCAUGAUGGUGCGGAGAAGGCACCGCGGCCUUGGCCAGCUGAGUCGCGACGGCCGCCGGGGCGGCGGCAGUGGCCGCGGCAGCGGCGGUGGUAGCGGGCUCCCCAGCGGCAUGCCAGUGCCCCCCGGGCGCGAUGGCUAGCGGCAGUGCUGGGAAGCCCACUGGCGAGGCGGCUUCUCCGGCUCCUGCGAGCGCCAUCGGCGGGGCGCGGAAGAGGCUGGUAUCCGUCUGCGACCACUGCAAGGGAAAGAUGCAGCUGGUGGCGGAUCUGCUGCUGCUGUCGAGCGAGGCGCGGCCCGUGCUCUUCGAAGGCCCCGCCUCCUCUGGUGCGGGCGCCGAGUCCUUCGAGCAGUGCCGAGACACCAUCAUCGCGCGCACCAAGGGGCUCUCCAUCCUCACCCACGACGUCCAGAGCCAGCUCAACAUGGGCCGCUUCGGGGAGGCGGGGGACAGCCUGGUGGAGCUGGGCGACCUGGUGGUGUCGCUGACUGAGUGUUCGGCCCACGCGGCCUAUCUGGCUGCUGUGGCCACGCCGGGCGCGCAGCCCGCACAGCCGGGCCUGGUGGACCGCUACCGCGUGACGCGCUGCCGCCACGAGGUGGAGCAGGGCUGCGCCGUGCUGCGCGCCACGCCGCUGGCCGACAUGACGCCGCAGUUGCUGCUGGAGGUGUCGCAGGGCCUGUCGCGCAACCUCAAGUUCCUGACGGACGCGUGCGCCCUGGCCAGUGACAAGUCACGGGACCGCUUUUCGCGCGAGCAGUUCAAGCUGGGCGUCAAGUGCAUGAGCACCAGCGCGUCGGCGCUGCUGGCCUGCGUGCGCGAGGUGAAGGUGGCACCCAGCGAGCUGGCGCGCAGCCGCUGCGCGCUCUUCAGCGGGCCCCUGGUGCAGGCCGUGAGCGCCCUGGUAGGCUUCGCCACCGAGCCGCAGUUCCUGGGUCGCGCGGCAGCCGUGAGCGCCGAAGGCAAGGCGGUGCAGACCGCCAUCCUGGGAGGCGCCAUGAGCGUGGUGUCGGCCUGCGUGCUCCUGACCCAGUGCCUCAGGGAUCUGGCGCAGCACCCCGACGGGGGCGCCAAGAUGUCGGACCACAGGGAGAGGCUGAGGAACUCGGCCUGCGCCGUGUCUGAAGGCUGCACCCUGCUAUCUCAGGCUUUAAGGGAGAGGUCUUCGCCCAGGACUUUACCGCCAGUGAAUUCCAAUUCUGUGAAUUAGCACCCCCCCAUACCCCUUCUUCCACCCCAGACUAAAGGAAGAUACUCUCUGCCCCUCUCCAUUUAUACCAAAGAAAUCAUAGGUGAAACCCCCUACCCUCCCCAACGUUAAAUGCUCGAAAGGAAUCUUCCACAAGGCAGGGCCAUGCACACAACCUGCUCACGCACUCCGAGAGCCCAGGUGUGUCUGUCCACCAGCCCCCCACGCGGUAGGGACUGGAAGAUGGUGUCAUCUGCUGGCUGUUACCACUCCCGCCCCCUACCCCAGCCCGUCUUCCGGAAUUUCUCAACUAAAUCUUACCAUUAAUUGGGCAGGAAGGAGGUCAUGGGUUCAUUUCAUUUUCGUUGUUUUUUGUGUUUUUAAGUCAAAGAAAGGUUACCUCAGUUUUCACUCCUUAGACAUGGAUGUAGCUACCUUGUUUUGUAUGUCAUUUUUUUUAAGCAAUCGUGUUGAAUUAGGAGUAUACUUGGUGUGGAAAGAGUAUGAAUUUGCCAUGUGAUUUGCAAAUGGGGGGAAGCUACUGUGAGUGUGUGUUUUAUUUUUUAAUUUACACUAUAGAGUGAUUUUUUUUCCCCCAACGUCAAGUUUUUACCUUGCAUGUACUGGAGUAUUUAUUUCAUCUAUUAAAAUGUUAUGUUUCUC